AUGAAGAUGUUCAUCAAGUCCGUUGAUGAACGAGCUUGGCGUGCUAUCGUGACUGGUUGGACCCCGCCCAUGGCUAAAGGAACGGAUGGUAUGCAAACGGUAAAACCAGAAGAAGCAUGGACUAAUGAAGAGAUAUUACUUGCCAAUUACAACUCAAGGGCGAUAAACUCAAUUUUCAAUGGCGUUGGUGACAAUCAGUUCAAAUUGAUAGCAUCGUGUGAAUCAGCAAAAAAAGCAUGGGAGAUCCUACAAGUGACGUAUGAAGGCACAUCAACUGUUAAAACAUCUAAGCUGCAGAUGCUAGCCACGAAAUUUGAGAGUCUUCAUAUGGAGGAGGACGAGACGAUUGCUGAUUUCCACGCUAAGCUGUGUGAUAUUUCAAAUGAAUCGUAUGCACUAGGUGAACAAUACUCGGAAACAAAGUUGGUAAGAAAGGCACUACGUUCAUUACCAGAAAGAUUCGCUUACAGAGUUGCAGCAAUCGAAGAAGUGAGAGAUAUCAAUACGCUAAAGCUAGAUGAACUCAUGGGUAAACUGCAAACCCAAGAAAUGAAUUUUAGAGCAAAUAUUCGAGAAAAGAAAAAGGUGAAGAAUGUGGCAUUCCAAGCUGAAGCUUCCCAUGGCAUCUCACAAGGCCAAACAUUUCAUGAGUGUGACAUUGAUGUUGAAGAAUCCUUAGCAAUUAUGUCAAAUAACCUCGAAAGCCUGCGUAAAAAAAUCGAAAAUAGAGAAAAUUCCUCUCAAUCAGGUAAGUCUGUUAACCCUAACAAAUUUAAAAAGUUUUCUAAUAAUGGUUAUUUUGGUGAUGCAAAGUCUAGGAGAAAACAAUGUCGAGAGUGUGGGGGUUUUGGACAUAUUCAGGCCGAGUGUGCGAACACUUUGAAGAAAAAUAAGAUGUCACUCACCACUGUUUGGAGUGAUAAAGAGGACAGUGAUGAGGAUGAGAACAACAAAGGAGAUCAAACCACUAACUUUAUGGCAUUCAGUGGUACUACUUCGAUGAGCAGAACCGAGGGAACUGUUGCAACAGUCUGUCCGACAGAUUUCAGGUAUGAUGAAUUAUCUUUAAAUAAGGACAAUAGUCUGACUUCAUCAUUUAAUUUUGCAGGUGAAUCUGAGAGCAGUAGUGAUGAUGAAGAGCCAACCCUUGAAGAGGUGAAAGAUGUAUAUAAAAAAAUGUACCGGAAGUGGCUUGAAGUAUCUGAGGUAAAUAAGCGCCUUGAAAAUGAUAAGCAUGUUCUCAUAGAGGAAAAUAAAGUGUUGAAGACCUUGUCCGAUAAAGUUAAGGAAGGAAUCGAGAGGUUGCAGACCGACCUGCCGAUGACGAAAGCAAUUCUCAAAGAUAUGGAUACCGAAAGAGAGCAGGAUAACCAAACCCAGGAGUUGAUUCGCCUUUUUCGGGGUGUGAUCUAUGACAUUGAGGAUGUUCUUGAUAUGAGAGCAUAUCAAAAUUCCCAUCAAAACUCCCCAUGGUAUGACAGAGGAUCAAGAAUAGGAAUGCAUUCCAUCGCCGCAUUUAUAAACGAGACCGAGGCAAACCUUAAAAGAAUCACUGACAAGAGGGCUGAUUAUCAAAAUAGACGUUCCUCUCAUCCUGCUUCAAUUCCAAGUUAUCAACAGGCAGAAAUUGCUACCGAGGACACUCCAGGAGAUGAAAUUGUAGGUGUCGAGGAACCAAAAGAAGAAAUGACUUCUUGGAUACUCGAUUCUGAACGUGCUUGCAAGGUGAAGUUUGUUGUCGGGAUGGGUGGGUCCGGCAAAACUGCGCUCGUCAAACUGGUGUACGAUCAGCUCAAGACCGACUUUGAUUGCCAUGUUUGGCUCACUGCUUCAAUGUCUAUGAACAGCCUAGAACUCCUCUCCAUCAUGUCAAAUAAAUUACGCAAUGAAGCAGCUCAGUAUCCCGUGAAUUCUUCUCAAGCCCUCGAGGAUCUUGUCAACAUGCUGAAAAAUUAUCUGCACGACAAAAGGUACCUUAUAAUUAUUGAUGAUCUAUGGACUACAAAAGUUUGGAAUGAUGUCAGGUGUGCAUUACCUAGAGGUAAUUGCAGCAGAGUUAUAAUCACUACAAGAAGAGGCGAUAUAGCUUCUUCCAGCUGUAGAGAAAACUUUGUCGAAGUCUACAACAUCCAAGCUUUGCCUUUGGAAAAGGCUCGAGAUCUCUUCCAAAGAAAAUGUGGCGCGCUUCCUUCAGAACCAAGACAGUGUUUGUGGUUUGAAAACCUCUUGAGAAAAUGUGAAGGGCUGCCAAUUGGGAUCAUUGAAAUUGGAAAACUUUUGUACGCCAAAGAGAAAAGUGAAUCUGAGUUUAGAAAAGUACAUGAUACUCUACGCACAGAGCUCGCUUCAGGCCAACUGUCAAGCAUUAGAAGGGCAUUGCUGUUGAGUUAUGAUGAUUUGCCGGACCGUCUAAAGUGCUGCUUUCUGUACAUGAGUAUGUUUCCAGAGUGUUACUUGGUGAAGCGAAGAACAUUGAUUAGAUUGUGGAUAGCCGAAGGUUUUGUAGGGAGAGAGAAUGACAAACAAGUCGAAGAUAUUGGAGAAGAGUACCUCCAAGAGCUCAUACAGAGGAACUUAAUACAGGCAGGCGAACUGGACUUUGCUGGAAGACCACAAACUUGCCGACUCCAUAGCCUUAUGCACAAGAUUGCUCUCUCUAAAUCAGAAGCCGAGAAUUUCUGUACAAUUUGGCUAAAUGCCAAAGGUAAGAUUCCAGACAAGACUCGGAGACUGUCAAUCCAGAACACUGAAUUCAACAUGCCAAACAAAAACCUGUGUCAUGCUCGUACUUUAUUCACAUCAAGCAUUGGCCUGAAGAUCGCAUCACACAUUAGUUCCAGCUUGAAGCUACUGAAAACACUGCAUUUGGACGGUGCAUCCGUGGACACAUUUCCUAAAGGAAUUGAAGAUCUCUUACUACUGAAGUAUUUGUGCUUGAGCAACACAAGAAUCAAGAUGGUCCCCGUGUCCAUUGGUCGAUUGCAGCACCUCGAGACCUUAAAUCUCAAGCAGACAUUCGUGACAUCAGUGCCGGACACAUUGACUAAUCUGACAGAACUCCGACACUUGCUUAUAUGCCGCUACAAUAUCAACGGGUAUGUUUCUUUUGGUGCGGUGAACGGAUUCAAGGUACCAACAGAAGUAAGAAAAUUAACUAAUCUGCAGAAGCUAUCAUUUGUAAGGGCGGAUAGUGAUCACAAAAUGAUUCAUGAGUUGCGUUAUCUGACGGAGCUUAGGAAGCUAGGGAUUAUUGAUUUACCAAGUAACAGUGGUCCGACUCUGUGCAAAGUCAUUCAAAUGUUAACGAAUCUUCAUUCCUUGAACAUGACAUCACUACACAGGGAGGAAGUUCUAAACAUUCAAGUAAUCGGCAACCCUCCUCCACUUCAACGUUUGUAUUUGAAAGGGCAGUUGGAGAAGAUGCCACAGUGGAUCUCGAAACUUCAUGACCUGGUUAGAAUACGUCUCAAGUGGUCUAGGCUGAGACAAGACAACAACCCCAUCACAAUUCUUGGGAAACUUCCCAAUCUGCUGGAGCUCCAGCUGCUAGAUGCCUACACAGGAGUCCAGUUAGAUUUCGAAGCUGGAAGGUUUCAGAAGCUAAAAGUACUAGAGUUCGAUCAAAUGAAAGAGCUGACAGUAAUCACAAUUGAGAAUUGGGCAUUACCGUGCCUUCAGAAACUCAUAAUAAGCCGAUGUCAGAACUUGGGGCGUAUCCCACUAGGCGUUGAGAACGUCGCUCAACUCAACGAGCUCCAUUUGGGUGACAUGCCGCCUCAUUUUGUCGAUCCGAUUAGGAGAAAUGGUCAAAUGCGCCGACUUGUUCAACGUAUUCAAAAGAUCUCCUACAAGCAUCUCCAGAAUGGUCAUCAGUGGCCACCGGAAGAUCUGUCAUAGAAUCCGAAACAAAAGGAACCAUUAAGAAAAGGAAGGAAGAGGUUCAAGCAUUCGACCCACGAUAAAAGAAUUAGCCAUGCAGGGGCAAAACUUUGGUUUCUCGAGUUGUAUUGUGAACUCAUAAGUGUAUCUUUCUUCAUCGUUAGUCUCAUCUUGUUUGUCGGUAUUACCAUCAGUAACUAGUUAUCAUGCCAUUCACUUGUUAAAUAACAUUAGUUCAU